GAAACGUAACGUAUUGGCCGGAAGUCAACGUUAUUCGAGCUGAAAUCUCGACAAGUCGACCGAAUCUAAAUAGAAAAGUGUCUCAGCGAAAAGGCUUGCGCAUCAUCGUUUUUGUAUACUCGAUCUGCAACAAGCAGUCGCGUGACGGGAAAGCAGUAGAGACGACGAGUCCGGUAAAUACAACAUAGUACAACGGAGACCCAGUCGGCGAGUCAGUCGUCUUGUAACUGUUGAUCGAUUCGCACGUCGAGGAUCGCGUUUCUUCACAUGCCGGCGGAGACGACGCAUGCAGGAGAAGACCUUGCCCUUUUCGUAAAACGCACGUGACCAUUUUCUGACGACACUUGACGGUACUUGGUGAAGAGCAAGUCGAUCUACCUUGGCAAUUUCGACAUCGACUAGAACAAGACGACGUUCGGACAGAAUCCGCAGGAGAAGAAGACUCGUCACCUCGAGGAGAGACAUUUGACAAGCAAUGGCAAUUACACUUAUAAUCCUGAGCCUCAUAGCUACUUGCUUUGGUCAACUGAUAUAUCCAGAUGAUAAAUUACUCCAGGCUACAACUGUUUCUCCAAACUAUUUUGCCUAUUCGCAACUACAAAGUAGUAGUAGUAGAUUACGACCUCUUGGUGCAGCUCUAGCGAGUCAGCCUGCGACCCAGAAGACGUUGGAAGACUGGAAGAAUCAUGUAAACGAUAUCAUCGUCAAUGGAAUACUGAAAUUUACUCUGGACCUAGACCGAGAGAUCUAUAAAACUCGAAACACAUCCUUGAUAGAGGAACAGGACAACAUAGUUUUCUCGCCAGUCAGCCUUACCGUAGCAUUGGCACUCGUUCUCGCAGGCUCUGCUGGAAGAACCUUCAAUGAAGUGUCUAAGGUCCUUGGAUUGGAAUCUGGAGUUGACAUCUCACGAAAUUCUGAGAUUGUUCAUCAAAUGUUUGGCAUGCUUACGAGCGAGCUUCAAAGAAAGAGAGAUGCCGAGAUACCACGAUUAGACUUCGCUACGGCGAUAUACGUGCAGGAUGGGUAUCCAAUACUGCAGCAAUUCAAGGCUCUUAGUGAAGGAAUUUAUCAGACUGAGGUGUUUAACGUAGAUUUUGCUAGAAAUAGUAAGGCAACACAGGAUUUAAUAAACACGUGGGUGCAGCAAAAGACGAUGGGGAAAAUUUCGAAUAUCCUUGGUCAUCCGCCGGGACCAGAGACCACGUUGAUUCUUUUAUCAGCGCUUUACUUUAAAGGAGAAUGGAACCAAUACUUUAUAGAUGGAGCUACGAAAAGGAGACAAUUUUUCAUUGAACCAAACAAAGCAAUUGAUGUCGACAUGAUGUAUAAUGGAGGAACAUUUCCGUUUUACGAAGACAAGCAAUUGGGCGUGAAAAUUCUUGGUCUGCCAUACAAGGGUCGUGAAGUGUCAAUGUACGUUCUACUUCCAACAGAAGAGGGUGCGAAAGCACUUCGGGAAUUCGAAAACAAACUAACAGUCGACAUAAUCGAGAAUUUGAUUAAGAAUACGAAGAACGAAACUUGUAUCAUCGCUUUCCCACGAAUGAAGCUAAGCAGCAGUCUAAGUUUAAAAAGAACGCUCGCUGCGCUGGGUCUCGAGUCUUUAUUUGACCCAGCAACAGCAGAUUUGAGUCUCAUAUCUCAACCAAAUAUAAACAACAUAGAUAAUAAAAAUCCCAUGAACAUGGGAUCGUCAGGAUCAUUGGCAAGACCAGCCAUGCAACCACAGUCUGUUGCAAAUGGCAACAAAAUGGUCACGCGAAAUCCACAGUCAUACAAGGACAUAGUGUAUUUUCCUCCUCGUUUCGAUAUUAACGAAGGCCGUAUGGUAAAACGAAAUUACUUCAUGUACGAAGAUAAAGCUCGUAAUUACGCAGUGGAUCAAUGGGCGAAUGGAUUUAACCUUAGAAAGAUUCGUGACACCCAUAACGCCAAGGGUAAACAGGAGAGAAAUUCGUACACGAUGGAUGACAAAUCUGAGGGAAAUCACGAUAACACGAAAAUUGUAAAUCUUGAAGAAAACAAGUAUCGUUUCCAAGGGAAGAGACAAGCAAGAAGCAAAAGACAGAGCAGGCCAAUGGAUCAGAAUUUCUUAAACCUCAUGAGACAACAGAAUUUUCCGUCAUACGGAUUGGAUAAUCUUAGAAAUAGUGCCAAUCUGGUAAAUCCGCAUCUCUUUGCUGCAGAUGUCCUUCAGAAAGUAGAAAUCGACAUCACGGAAAAGGGUACCGAGGCCGCAGCCGUUACUUCUGUUGUAUUGGAGCGUGAUGGAAGUCAGAAAAAAUUCAUAGCAAGACGACCCUUCAUCUUCUUUAUCAGACAUGAUCCAUCGAGACUUGUGCUCUUCUGGGGCACGUUAAACGUUCCAACUCCAAACUACCCGCUCACGUAAUCUGAAACAUAAGUUUUCUUCAGAUUUGUGACGAAGACAAUUGCCGAAGACAGUGAUUAUAUUGAACAAUUACACUAGCUUCUUUUUUCCUUCCAAUUUAUAUUAUUUAUCAUAGCUUAUCCUCGUAAUAAUAACCGUGCUCGCGUUUCUUUAUGAAUACUGCUGAAUCAUGCGGGUAUCAUUCUCGAAUGAGUUUGAUGGAUCGAUAAAAGAAACAAACUGAGCCGAAGGACGCACUUUUUCCUUUCCAUGUGACAAGUUGAUAUUCACAUGCUAUUUAUUUAUACAAUUCUCUUGCUGAAUCCACCUUUAUAGAUUGUUACUGUACGUGUAAUUAUAAAAAUAAUCAAGAGAUAUAUAUAUAGAUGCUAAAUCUGUAUUUUCUAAUGGAACAGUAUUUUCCUAGAAUUUAAUAUUAUUUUAUUUCCAAGUGUGAUUUGACAUUACAGUAAGUUGCAUGCUGAUAGUGUAGGAUUAAAUUAUUGAAAAAUUGUAAUCGCAAUAAAUAAAUAUUUCCUUUUUUAUAUAUAAUA